AUGGAGCUGGGCGACUACGACGAGGGUGAGCGGCGCUACGAUAGAGACGUCGUGGAGCCUCAGAGCCCUCGUCCAAGAGCCAGCCGUCGUUCCAUGGACUUUACUACCGCCUUCAGUCUGGCAGCACGAUGGGGAGCAGUUCUUUUCAUCGACGAGUGUGACAUGUACCUUGAGAAACGCAGUGAUACUUCCUCGAAGAAAAACAGAAUGGUCUUUCCCGUCUCGAUUGCUGAUCUGGCAAACCUUCCUGGAGAAGAACGUUAUGACAUGUUAGAGGCUGAAGUUGAGGCUCUGUCUGAAAUUGAUGUGAAUGACCGGCGCAUCCGCAACAUUGUCAAGACUGCGGGUAUCAUGGCUAAACGAGAGGAACGAAGAGUUCUUUUCCGCGAUAUCGAGAAGUUCAUGCAAAUUACCGAAGGUAUCAGGGUUAAGAAGGAAGUGAGCACUUUUAACGGUGUCUGA